GACAAGUUUUAACGAGUGCUCUAUAUUCUAUUAAUAAAUAAAAACAAUAAUACAAAAAUAUGUCAAAAUUCAACAGUAGUGACGAUGAAGAUCAGCCGUUAUUAUUAAAGCCAGAAAUUUAUUAUAUAAAUGGCGAAAACGAUAGGCAUGCUAAUCAUUCACAACAUGAAACUACUUUAUAUCGAAAUCAGGCGCAAAUUUUAGAUCAAUUUCAGAUUGAAACAGAGUAUUCAACUAUACCACCGCCUACAUAUAAAGAUCAUAUUCAAAGGAGAGUACAAAAUUUUGAUUGUAAACGAUUUUUUUAUUCAAUUGUACCAGCUGCAGAAUGGCUACAACAUUAUAACAUUAAAGAAGAUCUUGUCUUUGAUCUGAUAGCAGGAGUCACUGUUGCAGUAUUAAAUGUGCCACAAAGUUUAGCUUAUGCUAUAUUAGCAAACGUUCCAGCACAUUUAGGAUUAUAUAUGUCCUUUUAUCCAGCAUUCAUAUACUUUUUGUUCGGAACAUCAAGGCAAUGUAAUAUUGGAACAUUUGCAAUUAUAUGUUUAUUGACUGGUAAAAUUGUACUGAAACAUACAUCACAAGCUGAUACAGAUGAAAGUUAUACAUCCACAGAAGUUGGAACAGCUUGUGCAUUAACCGUUGGAAUUAUUCAGAUAUUCAUGUAUACAUUUCAAUUAGGGUUUAUCGGCAGAUUUCUAUCACAUGAUUUCAUCUCUGGAUUUGUAUCAGGUGCAGCGCUUAAUAUUUAUCUUACACAAAUUCCAGAAUUAUUGGGAAUUGAGUUACCAAAACGUGUGGGUUAUUUUAAGCUGUUCCAUGUUUUGGGUGAUAUCUUUGAGAAUAUUAGACAGGUCAAUUUAAUUUCUAUGGCAAUAUCAGUAAUAAGUCUUACUAUAUUAUUGGGAUACAAUAAAUUUUUAAAGCCACGAUUAGCGAGAAAAACAAUAUUUCCAGUACCCAUUGAGUUAAUCAUAGUUAUAAUUACAAUACUUAUAUCAUAUUAUUGCGAAUUUGAAAGAAAAUUUCAUGUCAGAACUGUUGGUUUUAUUCCUGCUGGUUUUCCUCCAUUUGAAUUCCCAAAGAUAAAAUUAAUACCAGAAGUUUUUUUCGAGGCUGUUGGUAUUGCCCUAGUAUCGUACGCACUUCUGUUAUCUGUAGGAAUGCUGAUGGCCACAAAGCAUUUUACUAAAAUUGAUAGCAAUCAAGAGGCUUUAGCCAUGGGUUUAACAAAUAUAUUUUCAAGUUGUUUCCAUUGUUUACCAAGUUCUAUAUCGCUUAGCAGAACAUUGGUACAAGAUUCCGUUGGAGGUCGUACACAAUUAGCUUCAGUAUUUUCUGCUUUAUUUGUUUUAUCUGUGGUGCUGAAAUUAGGAAAAUUUUUUGAACCCUUGCCAAAGGCAACAUUAGCUGUUAUAAUUAUUGUAGCAUUGAAAAAGGCAGUUGCAGAAGUAUUUAAAAUCAAAAGAUACUGGCGUCUUAGCAAAAUAAAUUCAUUGAUUUACAUAAUUACAUUGGCAAUUACUUUAUUCAUUGACAUUCAGCUAGGAUUAUUUGUUGGCUUUGGAGUGUCUAUUGCCGUAAUUCUGUUUCAAGGUUUGAAGCCGUACACAUGUUUAUUAGGAGUAGUUCCUAAUUCUGAUAUAUUUUUAAAUAUAAAAACUCAUAAGAAGGCGAAAGAAAUUCCAAAAGUAAAAAUAUUCCAUUACGCUGGUAGCAUAAAUUUUGCACAAGCAGAAUCAUUUCAAAAUGCACUCUAUACUUUAUUAGAAUGUGAUCCAAUAAAAGUAAUCAAUGCAAGAAAAAAAGAAUUACAAGAUCGUGGUAUAAAAAUCACAAUUACAGAAUUAACACAGGCUGAAGAUCCAUUUGAAUUUAUAAAUCCAGAAUGUAUCGUACCAUUUCAAGUAAUUAUACUGGAUUUUUCAGCAGUUACUUACAUUGAUCCAAUGGGUGUGGAACAAAUAUCAACAAUAGGUCAAUGUUUUAAAAAUUUAAAUGUUGCAGUACUGCUAGCAUGUCCGUCAGAUCCGGUGUUCGAAACUUUAAAAAGAUGUGAUGAUAAUCCCCAAUAUAUUAUGUACCCAACAAUCAAAGAAGCAUUGAAAUAUGCAGUGACGACAAGACAAAUCUGAUUGUACAGAAUUUCCAAAUGUGAUUAAUACAAAAAUAUUAUUAUAGCUUGGUGAGGUGACGUGAAGCAGUUUUAUAUAAGUGGAAGUUAUGGUGAAGCUGUUUGUUCGAAGUGAGUUUUUAUGUGGUCAGCGCGUAAGAACUACAUUAAAACUCACUAAGCCGUGACCACAUAAAAAAAUCACGUCGUAAAAGAACGUGCACAAAUCUGCGUUACCCAAAGAUCCCCAUCUACACAAACCUAUGUCUCGUUAUCUCACUAAUCUUCGUCUCAAUUUGCGCUAGAUUUAUAGUGCAACUACUGUAGAUUUUAAUUAAAUUAAUGUAUUUUUAAUUU